AUGCAUAAUAUUCUCCCUGUGCUAACUGUUCUGGCUGCUCAUCGAGUUGCUGUUGAUGUAUUAUGUCCUCUUUGCAAAGAUCAACCAAAGACUCUUGAUCAUUUGAUGAAGGGCUGCGCAGUUGUUGUUCCUAUUUGGCAAACCAUCCUGAUGACUAGUACUGUUUCUGGGGGAGGUGAUGACUGCAUUGCAUGGAUGUGUAACACUUUAUCGAAGGGAGAUGCCGCAACUAAGCUACGAGCUGUAGCGAUAUGGUGGAGUAUAUGGCGAGCAAGAAACGAGAUUGUGUGGAAUGGCAAGCCCUGGCAGCUAUCGAAUGUGGUGAAUGAGAUCCAUCGUAACAUUGAGGCCUGGCAGAGUGUGGAAAAUGUACCACUACCGUUGGACUCUCCGUCACAUGCAUAG